GCAUUUAUGAUCAUGUCAAAUCUAUGCUAGCGAAGCUCUGAAGCUUUUCCAGAACAGCUGAUUUGGAAUAGCUUUUUAUCCAUCAGCUGUUUUUGGAGCAGGGCCAUUGCCAUUCAUUUUUUUUCUUCCGGCCCCCGUUAGCAGCAUAAUCAUCUCCUGAAAUGUCAACUUUCAAGGACAAAGUAAUUAUUGUGACAGGAGCUAGUUCUGGAAUUGGAGCUGGUGCAGCUGUCCAUUUGGCCAGCUUGGGUGGACUCCUGGUCAUCGUGGGACGGAAUGUGGAGAAACUAAAGGAGACUGCUGCCAAGAUUGUGACUGUCGGCGGAGCACCUGCUCUAGAGCUACAAGCUGACAUGACCAAGGAACCGGAGGUAGAGGCGAUAGUGACCGCCACUUUAGCUAAGUACGGACGCAUCGAUGUGCUCAUCAACAAUGCCGGUAUCCUAGAGACCGGCUCUAUUGAGAACACCAGCCUGGAACAGUUUGACCGCCUUAUGAACACAAAUGUGCGCUCCUUGUACCAACUCACCAUGCUGGCCACUCCGGAGUUAAUCAAAACCAAGGGCAACAUCGUCAACGUCUCCAGCGUCUGCGGACUAAGAGCUUUUCCAGGAGUCCUAGCCUACAAUAUAUCCAAGGCAGCGGUGGACCAGUUCACAGCCUGCGUGGCCUUGGAACUGGCUUCCAAAGGUGUUCGCGUUAAUGCUGUCAAUCCGGGAGUGAUUGUCACCGAGAUCCACAAGCGUGGGGGCAUGGAUGAGGAGACUUAUGCCAAGUUCUUGGAGCACUGCAAGGUUACCCAUGCCCUGGGUCGUCCUGGUGAUGUACAGGAAGUGGCUGCGGCCAUUGCUUUUCUGGCCAGCGAUGCUGCCAGCUUUAGUACCGGUGUUAGCUUGCCGGUGGACGGAGGUCGCCAUGCCAUGUGCCCACGCUAAUUUGGGACCUUGGGGCAAGGAAAUCAUUGGAGCAUAUGAAGAAUCUCUUUUUUUUUUUAAAUAAAAAAGAAAGUGGAAUCAAACAGGAAUGAAUAUACAAUAAAUAUUUAUAAAUAAUGCUCAUAGUUAUUUUUGAAUGAAAUAUAAAAAGUUUUAAUUACUGAUUAAGACUCAAGAUCUAAAAAUACUUAUAGAAUAUAAAUCAAAUAGAUAACAGAAACUAAAGAGUA